UUCUGCAUCAUUUAAUCUUUGCUUUCUUUCUUCUGGCAUUUAGCAAGCAUAUAUGAGAGCAAGAUAUUUGCCAGUUUUAUUCACUGUAGUAUUCACAGAGCCUAGAACAGUGCCUCAAAGAUGGCACUCAAUAAAAGAUAUAUGUUGAACAGUACAUGAAUGCAGUUUUUAUCUGUUUUGUUGAUACUUUGAUCUUGUGUAUUCAGCAAAAUUUGUGAUGCAUUUUUAUAACUCUUGUACUGUUACCUUUAUAUGUAUCAAUGCUGAAUACCCAGUUCUGUUGUAGGGUUCUUCAGAAGAGGGACUGUGUCUUGCACUUUGUAAAUAUCCCCUCAACACCUGAGAGAGUGCCUUGAACAAAAUGAAUCGGACAAAGGGUGAUGAGGAGGAAUAUUGGAACAGCUCCAAGUUCAAGGCUUUCACCUUUGAUGAUGAAGAUGAUGAGCUCUCACAGUUAAAGGAAUCCAAGAGAGCAGUGAAUAGUCUUCGCGACUUCGUGGAUGAUGAGGAUGACGAUGACCUGGAGAGAGUCAGCUGGAGUGGGGAACCUGUGGGAAGUAUCUCAUGGUCCAUCAAAGAGACUGCUGGUAAUAGUGGGUCAAGCCAGGAGGGGCGUGAACAGCUAAAGAGUCGGAACAGCUUCUCCACCUACGCACAACUACCCAAACCUACUUCUACCUACUCCCUGAGCAGCUUUUUUAGAGGGAGAACUAGACCUGGAAGUUUCCAGUCCCUUUCUGAUGCUCUGUCGGACGUACCUGCCAAAAGCUAUGCUCCAGAGCUGGGCAGACCCAAGGGGGAAUACAGGGAUUACAGCAAUGACUGGAGCCCCAGUGACACAGUGUGGCGCCUCCGGAAGGGCAAGGUCUGCUCUCUAGAACGAUUCCGCUCCUUACAGGACAAGCUACGACUCCUGGAGGAAGCAGUCAGCGUGCACGAUGGAAACGUCAUUACUGCAGUUCUGAUCUUCCUGAAAAGGACACUGAGCAAAGAGACCCUCUUCCGAGAGCUGGAGGUGCGACAGGUUGCCCUGAGACAUCUCAUUCACUUCCUUAAAGAAAUAGGGGAUCAAAAGCUGCUUUUGGACCUCUUUAGGUUCCUAGAUAGAACAGAAGAGCUUGCGCUGUCUCAUUAUCGUGAGCACUUGAACAUUCAGGACCCUGAGAAACGAAAAGAAUUUCUUAAGACCUGCAUUGGUUUGCCAUUUUCAGCAGAAGAUUCUGCACAUAUUCAAGACCAUUACACCCUCCUGGAACGCCAAAUCAUUAUUGAGGCAAAUGAUCGACAUCUAGAAUCAGCAGGACAGACUGAGAUCUUUCGGAAGCACCCCCGCAAAGCUUCUAUCCUCAACAUGCCAUUAGUGACAACGCUUUUCUACUCGUGCUUCUACCAUUACACGGAGGCUGAGGGGACGUUCAGCAGUCCAGUCAACCUGAAGAAGACAUUUAAGAUCCCAGACAAACAGUAUGUGCUGACGGCCCUGGCUGCCCGCGCCAAGCUUCGAGCCUGGCAUGAUGUCGAUGCCCUCUUUACCACAAAGAACUGGCUGGGCUACACUAAGAAGAGAGCACCCAUUGGCUUCCAUCGGGUUGUGGAAAUUUUGCACAAGAAUAGUGCCCCUGUCCAGAUACUACAAGAGUAUGUUAAUUUGGUGGAAGAUGUGGACACAAAGUUGAACUUAGCCACCAAGUUCAAGUGCCAUGAUGUCGUCAUUGAUACUUGCCGGGACCUGAAGGACCGUCAACAGUUGCUAGCAUACAGGAGUAAGGUGGAUAAAGGAUCAGCAGAGGAGGAGAAGAUUGAUGCCAUUCUGAAUAGCUCGCAAAUUCGAUGGAAGAAUUAAGUGGCAUUGGCUACCCUGAAACCUGCCUCAUUUCUUCCUUUCCUGCCUGUGAAAGUAGAGCGUGCUAUUCAUUGGGAGAGUUACAGUACCACUCAUCGCUUGGACCCAUCAUCAACAGGCAGUGCCUGCUACUCUGAGGACAGAAACCAGCGCCUGGGCACAGACAGCUUCAGACUGAUCUUCUGUCCAAGGAUCAUCGUCCAAGGGCCAAGAUCUAAAGCUUUGACUCAUGAGGAAGAUUCUCUCCACCUGGUGCUCACAUGAAGGUGGGAAUAAUUUCUAGAUUGGGCCCAUAUUGGGCAAGAUCUCUCUUGGUCUGGGAAAAAUGACUGCUCUAGAAAAGAAGUCACCUAGACUAAGAGGUCAGGUGUCAUAGAGUGGCCACUCCAUUCCUCUCUGCUAAUUAUGACCCUGGACUUGGUGCUGGACAUUGGCAGUUCUGCUCUGAAUGAAAUCAGAAAAGAACCAAAAUGGCUCUCUCCCAAGGGACCUCAGGAAGGGGUGCCAGUAAUAGCCAGGAACUGUUGGAGGUGCCUUCACACCAGACUGCACAGAGUUCUCCACAUAAUGACAGAGAUUGCCCAGAUGUUGUGUUUCUUCAACCAGUGCCCUCUGAUGCCCCAGUCUAGCCUCUGUCCAAGACUUGUGGUUCUUCUCUCACCUGCAUACCAAGAUGGCCUUGUGUGGGUGAUAAGGACAUCCCCGUUAUCUUUUCCUCUACUUCUCCCACCCUAAACCCAUAACCUUUUAUGGAGCUCAGAUUCAGCAGUGCUGUAGUGCUCUUCCCUUAUGCACAAAUCUCAUUAUUUCACUAGGAGCUUCCAGAAGGUUCACCAGGGCUAAACUCAGCAGCAUUUCAGACGGUUAGGAUAUUAGGAUGGAGGUUUGAGUUUCACACAUGGUUUUCUACAGGAUAUUCUGUAGUACUAGCCUCCUGCCCUGUACCAAUAUUAGCCUCUCAUCUCUGUGAAUCUCUGUGACUGAACUGGGUUUCCCCGACAUGCCUAGGCUCUAUUAAUAAAGCUUUUUCCUCCUUGGUGC